AUGGCGGGACAUCUCCGAUCAAGGCAUAUGGCUUCUUUCAUGGCUCUAUGUGCACCUCUUCUCCUUAUCCUUUCUCUUUCUCUGCUUUCACGAUGUGGUUCAGGCAAAACCUUUCUCCGACCUAACCUCUCCCUAUCUCUUGCCAGCAACGUUCCCCGCCAGUUAGGCAGUUACCAGAAGAUGCUCAAAACCUUCAAGAUCUUCGCCUAUACUCCAGAGAAGCCCCAACCCUUCGGUACCGCAGUCGAAUCGCUCUUCCACGAUUCUCUCCUGAAAAGCUCCUUCGUAAUGACCAACGCCAAGGAUGCCCAUUUGUUCUACUUGCCUUUCCCCCCAAAUUCCUCCCGUAACUACAGAGGGAUCGUCCGAUUGAUCAGGAAUCUGUGGAUGGACUUCCCCUUUUGGAACCUUACACUCGGGGCUGACCACACUUCUACGCUUCUUGUAGCGGGUAGCGCGAUUGGCAUGAACUUCGACAGGAACAUCGUCGAGUUGAAGAAGAACUCCGUUCAAAUCUCAUGUUUUCCGACAGCCGAAGGUAGGUUUAUCCCUCACAAAGAUGUCAGCUUUCCUCACCUCAACGACCAACAUCUUCACGCGCCGCCCAGCAACGGAACUGCCAAGUACCUGGGCUACUUAAACCUAAACGGCAGUGGGGAUCAAAAUGGGAAGCUCAAAUCGACGUUCUCGAACGAAUUGCAUGGCGAUCCCCAGUUCCUGGUCGAAUCUGAGCCGUCUGAUCCCGCGUUGUACGCAGAGAGGAAUCGGAGACGCAUUGCAGUUCGGUUGCGUGCCGGUGGUGAUUACGGAGCGUUUGAUUCUGGAUCUUCCGUUCAUGGACGUGUUGAGAUGGUCGGAGAUCGCGGUGUUUGUGGGAGUAGGAGGAGAGGUUGA